UAGGGUUCUUACGCGUCUGUGGCGCGGCUACCGAGAGCCAGGUGGAGGCGGAGCUGCUGAUACCUUUUCGCUCAGGCGCCUGAACUCUUCCAGGACCCGUGAUGCCUGAUGCCGAGGACGUUGCGUGGGGCGAGGAAUAGUCGGGGUUGAGCCUCAGCAGAUCCUAGGGCCCACCUCAGUUGAAGAAAUGAGUGGUGGAUUGGCUCCAAGUAAAAGUACAGUAUAUGUAUCCAACCUGCCCUUUUCCUUGACAAACAAUGAUUUAUACCGGAUAUUUUCCAAGUAUGGCAAAGUUGUAAAGGUUACUAUAAUGAAAGAUAAAGAUACCAGGAAGAGUAAAGGGGUUGCAUUUAUUUUAUUUUUGGAUAAAGAAUCUGCACAAAACUGUACCAGGGCAAUAAACAACAAACAGUUAUUUGGUAGAAUGAUAAAAGCAAGCAUUGCUAUCGACAAUGGAAGAGCAGCUGAGUUCAUCCGAAGGCGACACUACUUUGAUAAAUCUAAGUGUUAUGAAUGUGGGGAAAAUGGUCACUUAAGUUAUGCCUGUCCUAAAAAUAUGCUUGGAGAACGUGAACCUCCAAAGAAGAAGGAGAAAAAGAAAAAAAAGAAAAUCUCUGAACCAGAAGAACAAAUUGAGGAAGUAGAAGAAAGUGACAAUGAAGGGGAAGAUCCUGCUCUUGACAGUCUAAGUCAAGCCAUAGCUUUCCAGCAAGCCAAAAUUGAAGAAGAAGAAAAAAAAUGGAAACCCAGUUCAGGGAACCCAUCAACAUCAGAUGAUUCAAGACGCCCACGGAUAAAGAAAAGCACAUAUUUCAGUGACGAGGAGGAACUUAGUGAUUAAAAUUAAUAUCAUGUAAAUAUCAUUAAAAUUAACAAAAAAUCUUGGAGUACAAAGUUCAUUUGGGGACUAAAGAUUACUUUUGGAACUUUCAGCAUAAGAACACUUGUUACCAAAUAGUUUUUUACUAUAAAAUAGUUCAUAGGAAAUUGAAAAAUAAUUUUAAAAUAUCAUGUUUUUAUCUUACCUUAGCAGAGUAAUAAAAACCAAGAAUUCGUUGAUAACCAUUAAUUCUGAAAACAGCAAAUUUUAAUAAGAAAACUUAAUGUUAUUUUGGUAAUGUUAGUGUCAUCCCAAGAAAGAAAGCAGAUAUUACAAAGGUUUAUUUGGGAGGUUCAUUAUAAAAGCUGUAUUCACAUCUGAUUGGUUUACAUGAGUACUUUUGAAAUAACCUUAAUCUUUAAAACAAAAACUUCCUAAAAGCUGAAAAAAAAUGAAUGAUUUAUUAUUAAAUGUUAAUAAAAUUUUCAAGAGAAUUUUGUUGUUAAAUAUGGGCAUUUUGUCUUCUUCUUUUAGCUUUAUCGCAAUCUGGAUAAAUUAUAAGUACCCAUAAAAUAUAAAGUAAAAUGUGUAACUCUGAAAGGCUUAUAACCAAACACAGCAGUUUUCCGUCUGCACUGCCUUACUGCCCAAUUCUAUUCCCCAGAAGCAACUACUCGUAACUUCUUCAACUGUUUCAUUACAUACAUAUUGCUAAAUAAUAUACAUAUAUUUCUAUUAAUUCAUUACCUAAUAUAUUUUUAAUUGACUUUGAGGCCAUAAAGGAGAAUUUUUCUUCCAUCUCUUAUACUCCUCUUAUACUCUCUUCCAUCUUCCCAAUAUGAUCAUGUUAAAUUUUUUGGUUAAACCUAUAUUUGUUGUUUUUGUUUUUAUGACCAUAUAAACACUCUUCGCUCCUGACCCAAGGAGCGUGCUAUGAUUACAUUUUUCCUAAAGUAAUAAUUGCCUCGUUUUUGCAUGUGUUUGUUUUAUAACUAAGUUGUUUCAUACUUUUUGACAAUAGUUACAUGGGAAUAGGAUAAUGGAGUCUUUAAUUUUCUACUUUGUAUGUUUUUAUACUGUUCAAAUGUUUUAUAAAAAGAACAUCCAUUUAUUACUUUUUGUAUACUAAAAGAUUUGUCACAAAAUAUAUAAAAGUUUAUAGAAAUACCUAAAUACACAGACAGUAGUAGAAAAUGGGCUCAUGGCAUAAACAAUAUACAGAAAUAAAAUUGAAAUGAUAAACAUGAAAAAUACUCUUUCUCAUUAGUUAAUUAAAUAAAUUAUAACCAGUGAAACAUUAUUUUGUACCUAAUUUUAGAAAAAAAAAGGAAACAUACUUUAUUGUUGAUGAGAGUGAGGUAAAGUACUUGUGGUAUUGUAAAUUGGCACAUUUCUGAAGGGUAAUCUAACAAUAAGUAUCAAAUACUAAAUUUGUUCUGUUCUUUAAAAACAAAUUACAUUCUGUUUUAUUUUAAGGUUCUAAUAGGAAAUAUACCCAUUUAUGUACAAAGAUAAAUAUUGUUUUUAAAACUCAAAAGAUGGCAAUAAUGCCAGCAACAAAAUACUUAAAGCAUGAUACAUCCAGAAUGAUAGAGGAUUAGGAAGCAUUGAAAUGGUAUUUUUAAAGAAUUUUAUAUGAUGUGGAACAGCAUUCUGUAUAUAAUGUUAAGUUCAAAAUACUUGCUAUAUAUGGGUACACAUAUGGAUAGAAAAACAAAAGCCCACUACUAAGGUAAUGCAUAGUGGUUAAGAGUAUAGUUUCUAUUGGCAGACAAACCUAGGUUCCUGUGGCUAUGUUGCCACUUAGCAGCUGUUGGCACGAAGUAAUUUACUUGACCUGAGUUAUUGGAAAAAUAAAAAGGUACAAACAUCAUUGACUGGAAGUACUGUGUAAAGAGCAGUUAGACCACCAAACGCACCCUUCCCCGUCUUUCUGAACCAUGACAACUGCAGUCUCUUUCCCCUCCCUAUUGUCCAGAAUACCAUCAGAUAACCUUGUUCACCUCAGGCAGGAGAUUGACGGGAAAGACAAUAAAUCAUUAAUAAGCUAAUUAAAUACUAAACCAUGAGUGAAAAAAGUCUGUCACCAAGGCAAAUCAUUAUGAAGUUUCACAACACCAACAACAAAACACAAAAACCUAAAAGCUUCUAGGGGUAAGGUGGGAAACAGGUCAGAAACGAUCAGUUACAAGAAAAGCAUUAGACUUCUCAACAGCAAAAUGGGAAGCUGGAAGACAAUAGGGUAACUGCUUCAGAAUACUGAGGUAAAAUGAUUUUUACCCACAGUUCUAUACCUAGCCAAGCUACCAAUCCAUUGUGAGGGUUUAAAAAAGUUUUAGUUGUUCAAAGACUCAAAAGUUACAUAUCCUUUAAUAUCUUUUCUCAAAAAGGUACUAGAAGAUAUGUUCUACUAAAACCAAAAAAAGGAGGACAAGUGACCUAGGAAACAGGGAUCUAACACACAAUUCACAGGAUAAAUGCAAGAGAUAUCUGAGGGGAUGAACUAUCAGUUUAGCGAUCUAGCAGCUCUGAGGAAAUGGGAGAAUAGCGGAAGCUAUGGGAAUCAUGCUAAGGCAUUGUCUCUCAGUACCACAGUUACGGAUGAACCGUCAAAGACAACACCAUCCUCAGUGACCACCACCCCCUUCCAAGCACUCCCUGCCACAUCAUCCUUGUCUGUCUGGCAUGGCUGUGUUUGUGGCGAGCCUCAGAAAUACUCUUCUUAGUGCAACUGUCUAGGCUAGAGCAGUGUAUUUAUUGAAUUCCAUUUUUAAAACGAGAAGUAAUAUCUGAUUUUUCAAGGGGUAAAAAAAAGAUAUACAUGUGGAUU